AUGUCAUUAGGAAUAACACUCGAGAAUGGCUGCAACAUAGUCCACGGACGGGCGGCCAACCUCAAACGGCCCUUUUCCGAUAUUCCCGUAGAAAUGCACGAACUGAACGAUGGGAAACAUACGUCAGCUGCCAACAGCAAGAUUUCCACAAUAUUCAGCGGGCAAUUCGGAUUCAUCUCUUUCGACACGUCAACUCGUUUACCUCGCCACGUCCAUAUCUCUUUAUCAUCAACAAGCCAGAACGAGCGGUAUCCCAAACAAACUCUUGUAACGGAAAGAAUUCUUGUCCUCGAUGGUGUGGCACUGGUUGAACUUAAUGGCACCGUUUAUAUCGUUGCACCGGGUUCGCUCGUCACAAUCGCCCCGGGUGUUCCACAUACAUGGACGGCAUGUCCUGCUGGAGUGACGUUGCCCGAUGGGGAGAUUUCACAGGGUACAUUUCUAAUGGUUUAUGAGUAUGAGAAGUAUACCGGGUUUUUUCCGACAUGUCAACUUCGAACCCUUGAAAGUGUUGACGAAUAUGUCCACUUUGACGGAAAUUUAGAUACCAUUAAAUUUCCGUGGUUGACAAAAGACGAGGUUGUCGCUCGUGGGCAGCUUUUCUGGGAGAAGGAAGUCAUGAAAUUGGAGUAAAGGCAAUCUAUUUGAAGAUUUUAGUCUUCAGCUUAUCAUUGUGAUCUAUGGCACGUCUCAGCUAUACAAAGCUCCCUUGUGCUACGGAUAGACUUGAUACACGCUCUACAGAUAGCAUCUCAUUAUGCUGCUCAGGUAUAUAGAG